CUCGCAGCGCGACACGUGUCGUGCGGGACCCACGAUUUCAGGGGCGCCCAUUUUGAAAAUUUUCCUCUACUGUAGCUCUGCCGCGGGUUCUUUUAUUGCGCCUCUCUCUCUACACUCGCUCUCUCUCCCGACGAAGUCCCUCUCUGCGACCUCCCUCUCUCUCUGCCCUCUCUCUUUCCGACCGGCGAACGAUUGCCUGCAACCGACGAACCACUGCACGGGACCGGCGAGAGGAACGCGACUUCCAUCUCUCUCUGCUGCCCUCCUUCUUUCCGACCGGCGAACGAUUACCUGAAACCGACGAACCACCGCACGGGACCGGCGAGAGGACCGCGACUUCCCUCUCUCUCUGCUGCCCUCCUUCUUUCCGACCGGCGAACCACCGCGCCCCCCUCCGGCUCGAGAUCCGGCACCGGCUUGUCCUGUACGCAGGAACGUUCGCGCCCGACCGCCUCACACCCACCACCCGACCACUUCUCUGUCUUGUGGUUCUGGUGAGGUAAUGCAGAUCAUGGGCUUAGUAAAGAAUGCAAUUUGCUGAGCAGUGACAGUGAGCACCAGUUCAGCACCAGAAAGGACAUGGGGGCUGUAGAAAGCAAGGUUAACAAUGAUCGGAGCAGAGACUACACAAUCCCCAACACCCUGAUGAUGAAUCCUCAACCUUCAAUUCUAGGGCAGCAACCGGCUUCAGCUGUUGGGAUGCACCUUCUCCCAUGGAAACCGAUACCACAAUCGUUUCGGAAGUAGAUACUGCUAUCAUUCCUCAAACAGAUACCACCCAUGUCCAGGAAACAGAGGCUGCUGUUCUCCCAGAAACAGAUGCUGCUAUCAAUCCUCAAACAGAUGCUGCUGUCAUCCCUGAAACAGAGCAUGCUAUCAACCCUGAAACAGAGCAUGCUAUCAUCCCUGAAACAGAGCUUGCUAUCAUCCCUGAAGCAGAUCAUGCUAAUAUUCCUGAAACAGAUGAUGCUCUUAUCCCUGAAACAGAUAUGGAUUUCGCCCCUGAUUCAGAUAUGGCUAUUGUCCCUGCUAUUCCUGCUACCCCUCUUGGUAAUGAGCAGCCUGGUUCAAAGACACAGCCUAAUAAGCGCAGAAGAAAGAAAUCUAUUGUUUGGGAACACUUCACUGUAGAAACUGUGGGUCCUGGACAUACGAGGGCUUGCUGUAAGCAGUGCAAGAAGUCAUUUGCCUAUAUAACUGGCUCCAAGCUGGCAGGCACGAGUCACCUAAAACGGCACAUUGCCUUGGGUAUCUGUCCCGUCAGCCGCCAGAGGAGUCAACCUCCUGUUACAUAUACACCAGCUUCCAAGUCUGCUGGUGCUUAUGGAAGUGCAACAGAUCCACCAAAACGGCGGUACAUGACCACUCCUGCAAUAACAAAUGUACCUCUUGACCAAGAGCGAUGCAGUCUUGAGAUUGCCAAGAUGAUUAUCAUGCAUGAGUAUCCUCUACACAUUGUCGAACAUCCAGGUUUCAUCGACUUUGUACGGACUCUCAAUCCCCAUUACAAUAUGGUGAGCUUCAAUACUGUUCAAGGUGAUUGUGUAGCUCUAUACCUGAGGGAAAAGCAAAGACUUUUGAACCUCAUCAGUACAAUACCAGAAAGAGUCAAUCUGACACUGACACUGGAUCUUCAGACUUCAAACCAGAACCUAGGUUAUGUUUUCUUGACUGGAGACUUCAUUGAUAGUGAUUGGAAGGUACAUCGCCACAUUCUUAAUGUUGUAAUGGUGGCUUAUCCUGAUUCAGAUCAUGCUUUUAAUCAGGCUGUUGUGGCUUGCUUAUCUGAUUGGAAUUUGGAAGGUAGGUUGUUCACCCUCACUGUUGAUCAGUCCUUCUCCAGCGAAGCUGUUAUUGCGAAUCUGAGAGGUUCGACCUCAGUAAAGAAUCCACAGUUGCUCAAUGGCCAGAUACUGAUUGGGAGUUGCUAUGCGCAUCUGUUAAGUGGUCUUGCACAAGAUGCUUUUGGGUCAAUGGUAGAUACCAUUAAGAAAAUCCGGGAUAGUGUGAAGUAUGUGAAGACUUCAGAAGCUCAUGAAGAGAAGUUUGAUGAACUCAAGCAACAACUUCAAGUACCUAGUACCAAGGACCUGCUGAUUGAUGACCAAACAAGGUGGGAUACAACUUAUCAUAUGCUUGUAGCUGCUUCUGAGCUCAAGGAAGUAUUUGCCUGCUUCGAUGCGUCCGAUCCUGAUUAUAUUAACCCUUCAAUGGAUGAUUGGAAGCAAGUAGAGACUCUCUGUUCUUAUUUGAAGAUAUUGUUUGAUGCCGCAAAUAUAUUGACUGGCCCGACCUACCCAACUGCCAGUACCUUCUUCCAUGAAGUGUCUAAACUUCAGUUGGAUCUCACACAUGCUGCAACGAGCCAGGACCCAUUUGUAAGCAACCUAAUCAAGCCUUUACAAGAAAAGUUCGACAAAUAUUGGAGGGGAUGCUGCCUUAUAUUGGCUGUUGCAGUAGUCAUGGAUCCAAGAUUCAAGAUGAAACUUGUAGAAUUUAGUUUCUCGAGAAUUUUUGGCGAGGAUGCUGAAACAUGGAUUGGACUUGUUGAUGAUGGUAUUCACGAACUCUUUCUUGAUUAUUUUUCACCCAUGCUUCCUCUUCCGGAAGCUCCAAUGGAGAACGGCACUGAGAGCAUCAUAAAAUCAGAGCUGCCAAAUGAAGGAAUGCCUGAGGAAGGAGUGUCUCAUGAAGAGCUGCCACAUGAUGGUACGGUCAUCUCCUUUGGGGAUGGGCUUUCUGAUUUUGAUGUCUACAUUUCAGAGAUCACUAGUGGCCAGCAAACAAAGUCCGAGUUAGAUCAAUAUUUGGAGGAGUCUCUUCUGCCGAGGGUACAGGACUUCGAUCUAUUGGGUUGGUGGAAAUUAAAUAACCUGAAGUACCCCAUUCUUUCCAAGAUGGCUGCUGAUGUUUUGUCCAUACCAAUCUCGAUUGUUGAUCCUGGUGCUGUCUUUGACACCCAAAGCAAGAAGAUUGACAGUUAUCGCAGUUCAUUGCGUCCAGUUACACUUGAAGCUCUUGUUUGCGCCAGGAACUGGCUCCAGUCUGGAUCGUCCGAGACUUCUAAUGCAUUUGUGAAAGCUGAAGUUUAGGUUUAGAAUUUCGAAUUUUCUUUUCUACUUUUUUAGUUUAGCUUAUCUUUGUGUGGAUGAUUAUUCAGAGGUUGAAUCAGUAGAUGCUGACUGGUGGAUUCUUGAUUUGCGCUCAUGUGUUAGAUCGUCCCCCUUUCCAAUCAAAUUAAUCAUAGUAUUUUUGCA